CAGACCACCCCUGCAGUUUAUUUAGAUCCUCCUGUAAUGCAUUUGCAUCCUGCCCUGAAUUAAUCAACGCGUAGCCCAAGCCUCCCUUACGAACAGUGGACAAUAGCGCACAUUCUCCUUGACACUGGGACGAGUGGCUGUGAGGUACAAGUGGGAAGGAGUGAGAGGUGUAGCGCCGGGCUAUAGUGGGCGUCUUUAGAUACAUAAACAGAUAUUUAAUCAGAAACAAAAAUCGCGAUACAAAUUCACAUUCUUCAACAUGUACAUAGUUAUUGCAGGUAUACAAACAAUGUACAUAAACAGAGGAGGAAUACAAACUGUAGAUAGAUAGUGCAGAUAUACAAUAUGCAUAUACAGCGAAGGUAUGCAAACAAUGUACUGCACUGUACAUACUGUGUAGGUAUACAAACUUUACAAUUAUACAUACAGUGAAGUUAUACAAUGUGCAAUUGUUCUUAGUCAACAGUGUUGACUAAGAACACUAAGUGCAUAGAGCACUAGCUUCAGUAUACAGUACACAGUGCAGUCAAACCUAUUUAUGAAAUUCUGUAAACAGUAAGUUUACGCCGCAUCUUGCCCUGGGAGAGAAAAUACUCCUUUCACCUGAGAAAUAUUUUUUGUAACACACCGAGUAGAAAUACUUCAUCACCAGCUGAUGUACGAAAUAUUUCCUCGUCUGGAAAUAAAUGAAAAGUCUUGAAUAACAGGCAGGACGUUCAUUUAGCGCCUGGUGGGCCACUGGUAAUUUUACAAGACAGUUGUUGUAUAAUAUCAAACAUCUUUAAUUUUCCUUCUGAAGACAAUCACUGGACAUUUUAUUUAUAAAAGAAUUUGCACUAAAACUCCCAUUUUAUUCUGACAAAGUGUAAAACAAACAAACAGUACAUAUAUAAUAAACGAUGAUUAGAUCAUGUUCAGACGAUCACAUCUUAGAAAUCAGUGACGUUAUCUUAACAUUAUCUGUGAACCGGGAACACCGCCCACUGCUCCCUAGGGUUGACUGUGAGACUUGUCAGGUCACACCCGGCCAGGGCUUAAUGAGCUCCACUUGCGAUUUAUCCUACCGAGGCCUCGACCACCCCUGUAUUCAUUCUAAACUUCUCCAUGAACUUGAUUAAUUUAAUUCAUACAUACAGAUACAGUCAUUCAUUGUUCUUAAAAGAAAAUGUCGGCACUUCAGUAAGAGUUUUUGAAUUUGGUAGGGAGAUGCAUAGCUAGAAAGCAAUAUUUACUCGUGGGCAACUGUGGUUGCGGCUCGGCUUAGGCAGGGUCCGGGCGGUCUUGUUCUCUUUAAUUAGGCUUCAUUGAAAUCCCCCCAAGAUUUUCCCUAAAGGCUUUAAUAGUUUUAGCUCCAGCCACUGCCAUUGCCUGUGCUGUGUCGGCUAAAUUGGGUGUCAACUUGAUAUGGAUUUUAGAGCGGCCGGAUGUAAACUUUGGAAUACCUUCGAUCUUUAUGAAACAAUGUACCGUGUGGAAAUAAUACUUGACGAGAACAAAGAUAAAAUAAUAUAAUGCAUUCUAGUUACACGGUCAAAAAUUAUAACUGCAUCUUGGGAUUAUUACUGGGGGGGUUUUGAGGACAGCAGCGAGUGUGAGCAGAUGAGUGAACGUCAGCUACUGGCUGGAGUGAUGGCCGUGUGACGACUGAAGUGGCGAGGUUCACACGAUCCUCAAGACACCAGAGAGGGUUGUGUUCUCGUCUCUCGUCUUUACUGUUUACAGACUUCUUGAAUCAAAACAUAUCUUCGAUAAGUUAUGAUGUUGAGACACAAGAAAGUUAACUGUAUUCUUCAUAAUAUUAUAUCGGGUACGUUAAAUGUAGAAAGUUAAAAUAAAUAUAAUUUUUUGUAUAUAUACAGUAUAUUGUAAAUAGCCUUUUGUGCAUUUAUUUCUUCCCAUGGGUUUAAUUAUAUAAUAUGCAUUUGCUUUUGUCAUCAAUGCGUUUGUUCAUAAACAAAGAAUCCAGGAGGGAACAAUGUUGACUCAAGCCCCUUGUCACCUGGUUUCAUUUUGCAUCUUUGUUGACCGCUGGUGCAAAAAUCAUCAUUAAUACCGGGUCAGACCUCCCUGACUUUGUUAAUUACCUGCGGUCUCUGAGUCUCCCUCAGGACCUUUCUGUUCGACCAAUCCUGUUUCAACACGUCACUAGUGGGCGUGUCUGACCACACACACAUGGACCGCCAUAUAAACCUUGGGACCACAACAUACAGCAUCAGAAAGCAUCUGCCGUGUAUCGCAGCUACAAGCUACACAUUUACCUGUUUGAAUUUAAUACACAAUGAAUACUGCUUAUCAAGAACAUAUGGCCGCCGCCAUGGCCGCAGCUCUCGCUGCUAAGGGGUCUCUGCCUCCUGAUACUGCCGAAAUGCGACUCUAUCUGGAUAAGCUGAAGGACCUGGUGCCACUCUGCCCUAAGAACCGCAGUGUGACGAAGCUGGAGCUGAUUCAACACGUCAUCGAUUACAUCAGCGACCUGCAGGACACCUUGCAGUCCGACUCCGAGCCAGAGAGUCCCCCGGAAAGUCCACUGGAACACGCGAGUUUUAGCGACGCCUAUACUAAUGUCUGCAGUAGCAGGUCCUCCCAGUUGCCGGAUUACAGCAAGCAGCAGUCCGGCCAGGGCAUGCAAAUCAGUGAUGGCUUCCCUAUGGAGUACAGCAGUGACUACAGUAACAACUUCAAUGGGGCUACUGGUUACAGCAGCAGCAGUUUUAACAGCACCUCCGCGCCGGGUUGCAGUGCUGCAGGGAACAGCAAGAUCGACAGUUCUUCCAGCUCCAGCGACUUAGGUAGCGUAUCUGGGUACAGCGACACCACCAACUACAGUACCAUCCUCUACAGCGACCACGGCAACAGCUCUGGACCCAGGCACCGACCAUCAUGCUAGAGCUAGACGAACCAACCUUUGUUUCUCAAGCUCCCCUGCCCUCCCUGAGUGUCUUCCCAAGCUGCCGAACUUCAAGCUAGAUGAGCGACCUUCGUGAGUGUCUGUGUUGCUGGGAUCGAUAAUGAUGGACGAAGACACUGGAGGUGUGAGGACUGUCUCUCCUGUGAUAAUUAUGCUGUAUAUACGUUUAUAUGUAAAUAUCUAUAUUGUUUAUUAAAUAAAAUUCUACCAAG